GCUUUAUGUAGUAGUGCGCCUGGCAAAUUAGAUGUGCCGUGAAUUUGAUCAAGGACAAACUUGUCCAGGAGGUGCGCCGAGCAUCACCCGGGUAUAAUUUGCGGUUGAAAGAGGAUUGCUGGUUUGAAGGCACAGAGAUUUAUUUCAGACAGAAUAAAUGUGUCAAUGCAAAAAAAAAAUGUGUCAAUGAGUGGCCAAGAAAGCAGAGGACUAUUGGGCACGUUAGAGCUAAGAUGUUCAUCUAUUCUGCAGCAGAAGAACAACACCAGGGCGACUCUCCUCCAACUUUUCACCUUCAUGUUACGGAACUCAUUGGAGACCAACAUCAACCUCAUCACCAAUAUAAUCACCGCCUUCUCCUCCGCCGACCCAAUUGCCGGGAUCCACCACUCGCGCCGCCUGUUCGACUUCGUUCCCAGAAAAGAUGACAGCUUUCUAUGCAACACUAUGAUAAAAUCCUAUCUUGAUUCUGGACACGUGGUGGAUGCCAUGAUUUUGUACCGGGAUUUGCUGGGGAACACGGGGUUUAAGCCCGACAAUUACACCUUCUCCAGCUUGGCGAAGUGUUGUUCUUUGAGAGUAGCCUUCUGGGAUGGCCUGGUUGUACACAACCAUGCAUUGAGAAGCGGGACUGUCUCGAAUUUGUACGUAGCAACAUCUCUAGUUGACAUGUAUGGGAAGCUUGGGUGUAUCUAUCUAGCGCAGAAGGUGUUCGAUGAAAUGACUCAAUGGAGUCCUGUUUCCUGGACCGCUCUCAUUGGAGGCUACGUGAAGUUUGGGGAUAUGGACACCGCAAAGCGGCUCUUCUAUUUAAACCCAGAGAAAGACAUUGCGGCUUUUAAUAUGAUGAUUGAUGCUUUUGUGAAGCGGGGAGAUAUGGAAUCAGCAGAGACCUUGUUUUCUGAAAUGCAAUCAAGAAAUGUGGUGACCUGGACUAGUAUGCUUGACGGCUAUUGCACUGUGGGUAGUCUUACUGAAGCACGACGGCUAUUUGACAUGAUGCCGGAGAGGAAUAUAUGUUCAUGGAAUGCAAUGAUUGGCGGAUACAGUCAAAACAAGCAACCACAUGAGGCUUUAAAGUUGUUCCAUGAGUUGAGAACAAGGACUAGUUUGGAGAUGACGGACGUCACGGUGGUUAGUGUACUUCCAGCCAUUGCUGAACUGGGUGCUUUAGAUUUGGGCAUCUCUGUCCACCACUUAGUGAAGACGAAGAAACUGGACAGAAGAAACCUUAACGUCUCCACUGCACUCGUUGAUAUGUAUGCCAAAUGCGGCGAAAUAGAAAAAGCCACAAGAUUUUUUGAUGGAAUAGGGAUUGUUAAAGACGCAUCCACUUGGAAUGCAAUGUUAAAUGGAUUGGCAGUGAAUGGCUGUGCUAGGAAAGCAUUAGAUGUAUUUGAACAAAUGACACGUAGUGGGUGCAAACCGAAUAGCAUAACCAUGCUAGCCGUUUUGUCAGCUUGCAACCAUGGAGGUUUAGUUGAAGAAGGGAAGAGAUGGUUCAAAGAAAUGGAGAAAUAUGGGGUCACUCCCAUGAUCGAACAUUAUGGGUGUUUGGUUGAUCUUUUGGGAAGGUCGGGACGUUUGGAAGAAGCUGAAAGAUUGAUUGAGUGCAUGCCAUACGAGGCUAAUGGGAUAAUACUGAGUUCUUUUCUAUUUGCGUGUGGGUAUGCUAAAGAUGUCAAGAGGGCGGAGAAGGUGAAAGAUAAGGCGAUUGAGAUGGAGCCAUGGAAUGAUGGUAUCUAUGUGAUGUUGAGGAAUUUGUAUGCGAGAGAGAGAAGAUGGACAGAUGUUAAAGAAAUGAAGGGAUUGUUGAGGGAAAGCGGGGCAAAGAAAGAGGCAGGUUGCAGUUCGAUUGAAGUAGAGGGUAAGGUUUGGGAAUUUGUAGCUGGUGGUAAGAUGAAUCCUCAUUGGGGGGAGAUUUAUUUACUAUUAGAGGAUUUGCUGAUUUACAUGAAGAUGCAUGACAGAGCUACUUAUGCAGACCCAACUCUAUUUUCUUGACUGAACAUUAUUAUAUUUCCUCCAUUUUCAUUUUUCACCAUGAACAACAGUCAAGGAAUGUAUGAGAAUGUAGCGGGCGGCGUAGCGGGCUAUAGCGGGCGGCAUUACAAAUAUUGGACAUUAGUAUAUGAGAAUGUAGCCGGUAAUUAAAAACCCUGAAAAAGUUAGAAAUCUGGCCAUCUAUGUUUUUAAAAAUCGAUCCG